AUAGUGAACAGGUUUUCAGUUGAGCACGAGAAUGAUUACCCUGAACAGUGCGCGAUCUGUUGCGAUUUUCGUAGGCCCCGUUCGAUCUCUGAGAUCAGCCUCCGCCUUGGCACAAGCUCAGAUAACUGAGGAAUGCAAGCCCUACCAUGAGAUCCCGCGGCCCAACAAAUUUAAAUUCAUGAGGGCUUUUAUGCCUGGAGGGGAGUUCCAAAAUGCAUCAAUAACGGAAUACACUUCUACCAUGCGAAAGCGUUAUGGAGAUAUCUAUAUAAUGCCUGGAAUGUUCGGCCGCAAGGAUUGGGUGACCACAUUUAGCACCAAGGAUAUAGAGACGGUCUUUCGCAAUGAGGGUAUCUGGCCACAUCGCGAUGGUCUGGAUUCUAUUGUAUAUUUUCGCCAACACGUUAGACCAGAUGUUUAUGGAGAGGUUCAGGGUCUGGUUGCUUCACAAGACGAGACUUGGGGCAAACUGCGUUCAGCAAUCAAUCCCAUUUUCAUGCAGCCAAGAGGCCUGAGAAUGUACUACGAACCCCUGUCGAACAUUAACAAUGAGUUUAUAGAGCGAAUUAAGGAGAUCCGCGAUCCCAAAACCCUGGAAGUACCGGAGAAUUUCACGGAUGAAAUCUGCCGAAUGAUUUUUGAAUCACUGGCCCUGGUGGCAUUCGAUCGGCAAAUGGGUUUGAUCAGAAAGAACCGCGAUAAUCCCGAUGCAUUAACACUCUUCCAGACCACGAGGGAUAUCUUCCGGUUGACAUUUAAGCUCGACUUCCAGCCCUCCAUGUGGAAGAUUAUUUCAACACCCACUUACAGGAAAAUGAAGAGAACCCUCAACUCCAGUUUGGAUGUGGCCCAGAAAAUGAUGAAGGAAAACCAGGAGGCGCUGGAAAAGCGUCGCGAAGCGGGUGAAAAAGUUAAUAGCAACAGUAUGCUAGAGAGAUUGAUGGAGAUCGAUCCCAAAGUGGCUGUGAUUAUGGGCUUGGACAUCCUCUUCGCCGGUGUGGAUGCCACUUCUACACUUCUCUCUGCGGUUCUACUCUGUCUUUCGAAAUACCCGGAAAAGCAGCUGAAACUGCGAGAGGAGCUCUUGAGGAUCAUGCCCUCAAAGGAUAGCCUGCUCAAUGAGGAUACCAUGAAGGAUAUGCCCUAUUUGAGGGCUGUAAUCAAAGAGACCCUGCGAUACUAUCCCAAUGGCUUGGGAACCAUGCGAACAUGCCAACAUGAUGUGAUACUCUCCGGUUAUACGGUGCCCAAGGGAACAACUGUCCUACUUGGUUCCAAUGUCCUGAUGAAAGACAGUUCGUUCUAUCCGCGACCAGAUGAGUUUCUACCAGAGCGCUGGCUAAGGGAUCCGGCGACGGGUAAGAAGAUGCAGGUCAGCCCCUUCACUUUCCUGCCCUUUGGUUUUGGACCCCGCAUGUGUAUUGGCAAAAGAGUGGUGGACCUGGAAAUGGAGACCACUGUGGCCAAGCUGAUUCGCAAUUUCCACGUGGAGUUCAAUCGGGAUGCCAGCAGACCUUUCAAGACCAUGUUUGUCAUGGAACCGGCUAUUGCAUUCCCCUUUAAGUUUACUGAUGUCGAUCAGUAGAACCCAUUUUAUUCGUUGCACUUAGUUGUGCAAUAAGUUCCUUAUAGCUAUAUAUUUUGUUUACAAUAAAUGUUUUCUUGAUAACACC